AUGGUUGAAGGUCUACAGUCCGGGAGGGUUUACAAGAUCUCGAAUAAACGCUUCGGCGGUGCAAUCGAGUUGGAAGUUGGGGUCACGAAUGAUACCACGCUCAAUGACUUCACUGGCUUAGCGUCUCAGCACUGGAGGGUCACCAUCACCAACGGACUCUGUUCCUUCUUCAACGUCGCAAGUGAGCGAUAUCUGGGCUUGAAGCAAUCAAGGAGCACUGCAGCACUCAGCGAUGGCGUCCAACUCGUUGGUACGGCGGAUGAAUUCCUCUGGGAAGUCACCCGGACAGGGACGGUCUAUCGGCUAUCCGUUCCAUACACCAACUACGUACUGGACGCCGACACGUACGGGACUCUUCCUGGAAUCAAGCUCCAGCUGUACCAGAGGUGGACAGACUAG